UAUAAAUUAAUCCUUAAAAAGUUGAGUCACUGCCGAGAUUAUUGGAUUAUUUCUCGUUGGAUUAUUGCAUCGCUCCGUCCGUUUACCCUUCACGGCGACGACAUGUCAUUCAGGCACUACUAUUAUUUUAUUAUCCUUCUCAAACUACGAAUCUAGCUGCUUCAACGAAAAAUGUAUAGGUUUUCUUUAUGCAAGAAAAUUUUUCGUCAGGAGAGAAGAACAAGAUCGUGCGUGGCAAUUGCAGAACAGUCGCACAGUGCUGCUUUUGUGAUCAUCGCUCUUCCUGCACCAUCCCUAUCUGCUCUCUUAAAUCUCUUGCCAUAUGCCCACCCCACAGUCCAGGUCCACCAUUCCCUUCUACGCUUCCCUCCUUGACGCCUGCAUUUCCACCAAGAACCUAAAAAGUCUCAUUCAAAUCCACGCCCAGUUAAUCACCAGUGGCAUUUACCACCACGAAUUUAUUCGCUCAAAGCUCGUUUCUGCCUAUGCCUCCUGCACCCAAAUGCGUCAAGCCACUCUUCUCUUCACCUUCACCAACCGUCAAUCCACUUUCCUUUUCAAUUCACUCAUUAGAGCUUACGCCUCUCUCAACCUUUUUUCUCACUCUCUUACCUUUUUUCGUCGCAUGCUCGGUGCCAAUAAGCCCAUUGAUCGCCACACUUUGCCUAGCGUGCUAAAGUCUUGUGCUGGGUUAUCGGCCCUUAGACUCGGGCUGCAGGUCCAUGGGAUAGUAUUAGUCAAUGGGUUUGUUUCUGAAUUAGCAAAUUCGAAUGCUUUGAUUAAUAUGUAUGCGAAAUGCGGGGAUUUACAAGGAGCAAGGAAGGUGUUUGAUGGAAUGCCUGUGAGGAAUGAGGUUUCAUGGGCAACGAUGAUGGCGGGAUAUGGUAUGCACGGAAAUGUUGGUGAGGUGUUGGUCUUGUUUGAGAGAAUGGUGGAAGAGCGAAAUAGGGUGGACGCUGUGUGUUUAACUGCGGUUUUGAGUGCAUGUAGUCAUGGAGGGAUGGUGGAGAAGGGGAAAGAGUAUUUUGGGAUGAUGGGGGAGAGGUUUGGGUUAAAGCCUGGGUUGGAACAUUAUACUUGCAUGGUGGAUAUGUUGGGGAGGGCGGGAAGGGUGGAGGAGGCGGAGGAUUUGGUGAUGAGGAUGGAGAUAAAGCCCGAUGAGGCAUUCUGGGCCGCUUUGUUGGGUGCUUGUAGGAUUCAUAGGGAGGCGGUGGUGGCCGAAAAGGUUUCCAAGAAAAUUCAUGGGAGCUGGGGUGAGUGAGUGCAUAAGAUGGGAGUAGAGAAUUUCUCUUUCUGAGAAAACAGCCACAUUGCGGAUUUCUUUGUGAAAAUUUUCUUCAAAAUAGGUUGAUGUCAAUAUCAUUGCUUGUUUCUCUGUCAGUUUAUUGUCAUCAGGGCCACAAGAAUGAACAAUUUUUCAAGUAAGAAAAGAUCACAAGAGAA